CAGUGCAAAUGUCCAAGUUCAUCCGAACUCGUACGGUGUGAAACCAUGAAAACCAGAAACCAUAGAACCGCAACACCCUCCCGAUCGUGCCAGUGAAUCGCCGCCAGGCAUCGUCAUCGUCGUCGCGCCCGCUGUUUGAUCGAUGCUCAGCCCACGAUGAGCCAGGAAUAUUUCUCGCCCAAGGGCAAGGGCAUUGCGAGGCACAGUGGCGGCGACAGCGGCAUCUGGGACAACGAGGACGGCGGGUCCCAGAGCGCGUCGAGUUCGAGCCACCCGGGUGCGCCAGAACCUCCGGUGGCGCCAUCCGCACCCGCAUACAUGACGGUCGGCACCGGCUCGACAUCGCAGUAUGCUGCUCACCUCCAGGCCAUGCUCGAGCAAGACUCGGGGUACGGCGGCAGCGUUGCCGGUGACGAAGUGAGUCCAUCCAUGUUCCGAUCGGGUGCUGCGGGUGCUUGGGAUCCGGCAAUCCAUGCAGACAGGCCAAUGCAUCCGCAGGCUUCCUCCUCUUCGAGCAGCACCCUCGCCGCUGCCGAUCACCGCUCCCAGGCCGCGGCUGUGCAUCAGCUCUGGUAUAACCAACACCGGGCGACCCUUGGCCGCGCCAUCAGCACUGUCGUGGAACUCUUGAGGGAGCUGCAGGAGAAGAACGCGGUAUGGCCCGCCCACUACCCCUCGGUCCAGCGAGCCGCCCUCGAUGCGCCUUCACGGCCGGACUCGCGGCCCGGCAUUCAGCAGGCCUACUCGACCGCCGGGGACCUCGCCACUGCGCAGUCCGUCGCUGCACCGGCGCCUCCGCUCCGCCGAGCCAUGACCUCCAUUGAGGACGCCGCGGCCGAAUCCAGCAGAGCCGCCGAAAGAAGAGCACCAGCCGAGCCGCGACUUGUCACCCCUCAGAUUGCACAAGAGUUUUCGGUCUUAAAGCUGGAUCUGAAACUGGGGGCGCUGCACCAAGCGGAGCUUGUUCACUCGUUGGAAAAGGGAUCGAUCGCGUCGCUACUCGACGGGAAGAUCCAAUCGAGCAUCAAACACCUGCAGUCUCUCCGGGAGCGCAUCGAAGAUACCUCCAGCAAAGUCCUGGUGACAGGCGAUCUGAAUGCGGGGAAAUCGACCUUCUGCAAUGCAUUGCUCCGGCGCAAGAUCCUGCCCGAGGACCAGCAGCCGUGCACGAGCAUCUUUUGCGAGGUUCUCGAUGCGAGGGAAAAUUGCGGCAUUGAAGAGGUGCACGCCGUGCACAAGGACGCCAUCUACGACCGGCACGAUGAAACCACAUACGAUGUCUACUCGCUUCGGGAUCUAGAAAAAAUUGUCGUCGACAACACCUUGUACCUGCAGUGCAAGGUGUAUGUAAAGGACGUACGGACCAUCGACGAGUCGCUGCUCAACAACGGCGUGGUGGACAUUGCCCUUAUCGAUGCGCCUGGCCUCAACAUGGACACGACCAAGACCACGGCCAUUUUUGCGCGCCAGGAAGAGAUUGACGUCGUCGUCUUCGUUGUCUCGGCGAGCAACCACUUUACGCAGACCUCCACCGAGUUCAUCCGAGCCGCCGCCGCCGAGAAGGCUUACCUCUUCAUCGUGGUGAACGGUUACGACUCGAUCAGAGACAAGGAUCGGUGUAAAAAGUUGAUUCUCAACCAAAUCAGCGCCUUGAGUCCUGCCACGUAUAAGGAAUCCGCUGAGCUGGUACAUUUCGUGUCAAGCGCAGCCAUUCCUAUGGCGCCGGCGCCGCCGGGUGGUCCUGGCGGGGGCGGAUCUGGCAGUGCAAGUGGUGGCGGGUUUGACGACGAUCCCGGAGAUGGGGACCCUAAGGGGAAAGGCAAACAGAAAGAGAUGAUGAGGGACUUCUCUGCGCUCGAACAGUCGCUUCGCAGAUUCGUUCUGGAGAAGAGGGCUCGGUCAAAGCUGGCCCCGGCCAAGACAUACUUGAUGAACAUCCUGAACGACGUGAACGUUUUGGCUACGGUCAACGUGGAAGUCGCCCAGUCAGAGUUUGACAGGGUCAGUAAGGAGUUGGCGGAAAUUGAGCCUCAGCUGGAAUCAAGCAAGCGGGCAAGGACCGAGACCAGCGACAAGAUCGACCAGGCCAUCGAGGAUACGUGCAAGGACGUGUACGACUACUCACGCGCAACGAUUAGUUCGGCCAUCGCCCGCGCUGGCGACGGCAAUCUCGGCAUCCCGUACCCUGGCCUGUUCCGCGCGUUUCAGUAUGCCGACGAGCUCAAGGAUGCCAUGCUCUCGCGGAUCGCAGCGUCGGUGGUCCAGUGCGAGGAGCAUGCCCGCAGCAAGACCGUCGCUGGUGUGAACAUGAUCAAGCAACUCGGCAUCCUCCACCUAGGGAACGAGUACGAGAAUCUCAACUUCAAGUCAGAUGUCAUGUUCCAACAUAAGAAGCAUGCUCUGGCCCGCCAGGUCGACAUCGCCACGGAGUUCUGGGACUUCGUCGACUGGUCCACGCUGUUGCAGAGAGAGGAGAAGGCCGGCAUGGCUCUGACCGUCGCUGGUGUCGUUGGCACGGGUGUGAUCAGCGGCUACGGCCAGGUGAACAUCGCCCUUCGCGCUGCCCAGCUGCUAGGGAGUGAUAACCUGCGCCGGCUGAUCGUGCCCGGCGUGAUCGCAGCAGCGGCGGCGAUGGCCUUCUACAUCCUCAGCCAGAUCCCGCACUCCCUCCCGCACCGCCUCAACGCCAAGAUCGCAACCCAGCUUGCGGCCAUGGACUACGUCCACACCAACAGCACGCGCAUCUCGGGCACGGUGCGCAAGGUCCUGCUCAUCCCGGCCAACUCGCUGCGUGUCGGCCUCCAGCGGUCGGUCGAGCAGCUCGACACCCGCCGCAACGAGACGCUCAAGGUGCGCAACGAGAGCCACGAUGCGCUCCGGUUCUUCGGCAACCUCGCCCAGCGAAGCGCCCACCAGCGCCGCCAGAUCGAAGCCGUGGACCUCGAUGCGCACCCGCCCGGCGCGCACGGUGGCCACUGAGCGGCCAGGUGGGUUGUACGAUACCACUUUCCUGGGCAUUAGGGGGGCGUUCAUGGUGUAUUUCUGAUGUUUCGAAAUUUCAAAAGCCCGUGAUAUGCCAGAUGGCCUGGUGUAGAUAGAUCGAUCCGGGGCAAAGGGCAUGUUUAAUGGGCGGCAUGGAUGGAUGGACGGAUGGAUGAUUUCAGUGAUUCCCCCCUUUGCUCGAGAAGUCAGCAAAGGCUGACCAGCAAAACCGCAACGAGACUCCCCUCGUUUCUUUCCUUUUGGUAGCUUUUGU